UAAAGUCACGUAGAAUGAGACUAAAAUAAUAAAUUGAUAAAAUAAAAUAAUAUUCUCACGACGUUUCGGGUUUGACGGCUGUGAAUUAGAGAUGAAGACUGCCCGUGUUUGCACCAUGGGUCCUGAUGAUAAUUACAUUCAAUAGUGAAUAGUUACCCACUGAUAUGGAUUCACGUAUUAGUCACUCGCAGGAUCAACAUAAGAGGCGACGUUUCGGGCAAUGCCCCUUUCAUAAGCCCACGAAUGCGGAUCUGUCGUAGUUGAACCCUAAGAACCCGCACGAGGGUGGAUGGGGGCGGAGUCUGCGCGGCCUCGCGCGUGACGUCCCGAGGCGGAAGUGUCGUCACGACCCCCGCGCACGUGCUCGUGAUGUCACAUACCCCCUCGUGACCCCGCCCCCCCGGGGGCUCGCGGCGCCCGAGUGCAAAACAGAGAGGGCAAGGCCGCAGGGUUCGGUAGGCAGAGACAGGGAGAGAGGGGCAAGGCCGCGGGGUUCGGUAGGCAGAGACAGGGAGAGAGGGGCAAGGCCGCGGGGUUCGGUAGGCAGAGACAGGGAGAGGGGGCAAGGCCGCGGGGUUCGGUAGGCAGAGACAGGGAGAGGGGGCAAGGCCGCGGGGUUCGGUAGGCAGAGACAGGGAGAGGGGGCAAGGCCGCGGGGUUCGGUAGGCAGAGACAGGGAGAGAGGGCAAGGCCGCGGGUUUCGGUAGGCAGAGGCAGGGAGAGAGGGGCAAGGCCGCGGGGUUCGGUAGGCAGAGACAGGGAGAGAGGGGCAAGGCCGCGGGGUUCGGUAGGCAGAGACAGGGAGAGAGGGGCAAGGCCGCGGGGUUCGGUAGGCAGAGACAGGGAGAGAGGGGCAAGGCCGCGGGGUUCGGUAGGCAGGGAGAAGGGGCAAGGCUGUGUGGUUAUAUAGGCACGGCGAGCUAUAGGGGGCAAUGCUGUGGUGCUCUAUAGGCAGAGCCAGGGAGAGGGGGCAAGGCUCUUAGUUGCCGGGCAAGGCUCUGAGAUACGGUUAGAGACCGGGACAGGGGGCAAGGCUCGGGGAUAAGAGGCAUGGUCCAGGAGUAGGUGGGCAAGUCCAGGGAUAGGGGCAGGGUCACGGGACCUGGACCCGGCCGGCUGAGCCUUGGGGCUGAGAGAAAAGGAACACGGUGGGCACGGCUCGUGCGAGAAGGGCACGGCUCAGGGGCACGGCCACACUGCCCCAUGGGAGGCUGCGUGGGCAGCCGGCACGGGUCCUCGGGCAGCCUCAACGAGAACUCGGACGGCGCGGGAGUGGCGCUGGGCCGGAACCAGCCGUUGCGCAAGGAGCGCCCCAAAUGGAAGAGCGAGUUCCCCAUGACGGCGGGGCAGCUGCGCAGCAAGCGCGACGAGUUCUGGGACACGGCGCCGGCCUUCGAGGGCCGCAAGGAGAUCUGGGACGCGCUGCGCGCCGCAGCCUCCGCCUUCGAGGGCGGGGACCACCAGCUGGCGCAAGCCAUCGUGGACGGUGCCAGCAUCUCGCUGCCGCACGGGUCGUUGACGGAGUGCUACGAUGAGCUGGGAAACCGCUACCGCCUGCCCGUCUAUUGCCUGGCGCCCCCCGUGAACCUGGUGGAGGGGGGCGGCGGGGGCAACUCGGACGGAGACUCGCAGACCUCAGACGCCCAGUCGGCGCCGCCGCCGCCGCCCCCCGGCCAGGAGCUUCCCCUACGCCUGCGCGUGUCAAUGAUGGGGCGCGACGUGCGGCUGGUGGCGCGCACCACCGACACGGUGCUGCAAGCCAAGCGCCGGCUGCAGGCGCUGGAGGGGCCCGAGCCGUCGAGCCAGCGCUGGUUCUACUCGGGGCGCCUGCUCGCCGACCGCACGCGCCUCGUCGACGCCCGCAUUGCCAAGGACUUUGUGGUGCAGGUGGUGGUGACGCCGAGGGCCGACGCGGGGAAGGACGACUGACCGGCUCGCUCGGCCACGAGAGGGCGCGACGAGAACUCUCGAUUGACCUCGGGAGUCGCCCCGAUCGCGUCAGUCCAUGGGAUGGUACGAGCGAGGAGACGGGGGGGAGGAGGAGGAGGGGAGGAGGAGAGGAAGAAGAGGAAGAAGAGUGAGAGGAGGGAGAUGGAGGAGGUGGAUUGUAAGCCACUGCUUAUUUUCUGGUUGUGCGACACGACCUCGCUUGACCUCCGUAAUCCGUUACGCUGUCAGAAGGAGGAGGAUGGAGAUGCAUCGCAGGCGAGACGAAUUGGAAGCCGUUGGACUUGGACGUGCUACCUUCCCCUUGGGCGAAAGCCGGACCUUCAGGACCUUGCGUCUCGGACUGCAGUGUGAGCCCACUCCCCCUACCUCCUUUUCACAUCUGGGGUCCGCCUAGACAGUUCCCCCACCCCCUCGCACAUCCCCACCCCCGAGUGCUAGGACAUAUUUGAAGGAGGUUGGAGCUGUGUUUGUUCACCGAUAUCCUCCUCCCGGUGUCGCCUGCGUUGGCGCCAUCUGCAGCAGCAGCAACUCAGCCGCUGCCGCCAUUCGCCACUAAGUGGCGGUGAUGUCACUACAGAGAUUGCGCCGGGGCUGGUGCACUUUUCAGGCUGUGCAAAAUGGCGGAAGCUUUGCUGCCUGUUGCUGGAAACGGGCGCAUACACAGCGAACACACCCGCA